AUGAUUGUACUUUCAGAGCAGAACAGACAAAUUGCUGAGGCAAAUGCUAAGAAGAAUUUCCGCCUUAUGAAAGCAUCAUGGCAUUAUCGAAUUAUCGAUUAUUACCAAGAUGGCAGCUCCUUUGACCCUAACAGUAAGACAAAGGAUAAUGCAGCGAAGGCCCUGGCGAUGGCACAGAAAAAAAUGCCCAUUUUGAACAGCUCAUCUCAGGGAGAAACACUCUAUCUAGCUGCAGCAGCAGAGUUAUGGAGAAUUGUGGCAAUGCUGCCGAGAAGUGGAACCAAUCAAAAAGGUGGGAAGUCCCCCUUGAAUGUUUCAACGUAUACUUGUCUUCGUCGUAGUGAGCGUAAUUAUCCCGCCCACAAAUUAGAAUUCCUCGCGCUCAAGUGGGCAGUGACCGACAAGUUUCACGACUAUUUGUACGGAAACAAAUUUGAAGUCACGACUGACAACAACCCCUUGACCUACAUAUUGUCAUCUGCAAAGUUAGACGCUACAGGUCAUCGUUGGGUUGCAGCUUUGUCUGCAUAUGAUUUUGAUAUUGUAUAUAAGUCAGGCAAACUUAAUUCAGAUUGUGACGGACUAAGCCGUAAGCCCCAUCUGUUCUCAGAAGAGAUCAAAGCUGUUUGUCUUGGCGUUUCUGUUUCAGUUUCUCCGGUUGAAUGUUUGUCUGGUGUAACGGCUCCUCACCUGGCCAGUGAAGAUGUUGUUCCUCCUGUUCCAGCAAUCAAUCCUGUAGAUUGGAAGGCAGAACAGUCCAACGAUCCUGACAUUUCCAAGGUCAUUUCCAUCCUACAUUCCGGUUCUCGUCCGAGGGGGGAGGAGACGUCGAAAGAUGUCAAAUCCCUACUUCGUGACUUGUCGCGUCUUUCGCUAGAUAAUGGUGUCUUAUUUAGAACCGCCUCUUUGGAUGGUGAUGAAGUCCAGCAGCUUGUCAUUCCUUCUUUUCACAGAACUUUAGCUUUUCGUGGUGUUCACGAUGACGUUGGUCAUCCUGGCAAGGAGAAAUCUCUUUGGCUCGCUCGUCAGCGUUUCUACUGGCCUGGCAUGGAGUCUGAUUUCGACCGUCGUAUUUCUUCCUGUCGUGCAUGUGUUUGUCGUAAGACCCCAGUUGUUCCGAGGGCUAACCUUGUUCCCAUUGAAACCUCGAGACCGAUGCAGCUUGUCUGUAUUGACUUUCUAAAGCUGGAUAGGUCGAAAGGUGGAUAUGAAGAUGUUCUGGUCAUUACCGAUCACUUUACUCGGUAUGCCAAAGCUAUUCCCUGCAAAAACCAGAAAGCUGUCACCACUGCGCGGGCUCUUUACGAGCAAUUCAUUGUCCAUUACUCUUUUCCCGAACAGCUACAUUCAGAUCAAGGUCGCAAUUUCGAGAGCCGGGUCAUCAAAGAGCUGUGUCGCAUCGCAGGUGUCCGGAAGACCCGUACUACUCCCUUUCAUCCCAUCGGUAAUCCAUCUGCGGAACGCUUUAACCGCACGCUCAUGCGGAUGCUAGGGACACUGAGUGAUGAUCAUAAGGGUAAUUGGAAGGAGUUUGUUCCCGCUUUGGUUCAGGCAUACAACGCCACCAAAUCCAGUUCUACGGGCUAUUCCCCUCACUUUCUCAUGUUUGGGUGGCAUCCCCGUCUUUCUGUCGAUGCUUUUCUAGGUACUUCUCCUGGCAAUGAAGGUGCCAAGUCCCAUACGUCAUAUGUUUCUCGCCUCCAAGAGCGUCUCCAAUACGCCUACCGUGUUGCUGGUGAAGCGGCGAAGAAACGUGCCAAUCAGAACAAGGUCCAGUAUGACAAGCGAGUUCGGGAGAAUAAACUUUCUGUCGGUGAUGUAGUUCUUGUCCGGAAAGUCAAUUUGCAAGGUCGCCAGAAGUUGGCAGACAAAUGGGAGAAGGAUCCAUACUCCAUAAUUGCGAUCCCCUUUCCAGAUCAGCCGAUCUUCAAGGUCCAGUUGGAAACCGGAAAAGGUCCCAUACGUACCCUACAUCGAAACAUGUUGUUGCCGUUUAUCUCCAUUCCGGAACCGGAAGACGUCACCGUCACUCCUGUCCCCAAGAAGCGGACUAGAACAUCCCGUCCUCCACCGUCACCAUCAUCUGAGUAUGACGCAGAUUCCAGCUCAUCUGAGACUUCCGUCUACAUCAUUCCACAACGAAGAGGCCAUCAACCCGCUCCUGAACCACCCACAAGCGUCAGUUAUGGCAAUACCCCAUCUUCUGCUUCUUUUCCAUCACGUCGCUCCAUUCAAUCCCCCAUAAACUCACUAAAUAGUCCCAAUGCCCCCUCUCUUGUCCCCUCUUCUAUUUCAGUGACCCCGCCGGUGCCUACUCCCAGGCCGAGGCGUACCAGGCGUCCUCCAGAGCGGUACGGAGAAGCGAAACAGACACAUCAAAUUGCUGAAGCGACUGCCGAGAAUAAUGCCCGCCUCAAGGAAGCUUUUGGCAUCAGCGAUUAUUACCGAGAUGGCAGCUCCUUUGACCCCAACAGAAAGACAAAGGAAGAUGCAACGAAGGCCCUGGCAAUGGCACAGAAAAAAUAUACUUCUAACGAAUCAGACCACGAGCCCAGCAGCAGAUCAAAGCCGGACCAGCAUCGGUCACAGUCUCGCAGAAGCCCCUCUCGGUCCAAAUCACCCGCAGAAAGGCGACCCCGGCAGGAGGUUCGACACCGCAGUGAGUCACUGUCUUCGCUGAGCCCGUCACAAUCACCAGGGCGAGGGCGAUCCCCCUCACCUUCAGACAAGCGUUCAUCUCGGAGGUCAGAUUCACCCAGCAGAGGGAGUAGCAGACAUGACAGGGAGUCACUAUCUCCCCAACAACAUAGAUCCAGAUCAGACUCGCGAGCAAGAAGGUCUCCAAGGCGUGACCGUUUGGGCUCUGACAGUAGAAUGCUCGUAAACGCCCUGUUCCAUACCAACGCCCUACACCCCCACCCAGCAGUUCCGAUAGUGAAGAUGAACGUCACUGUCACCGCCCUCGACAUCGCUGUCAUUUACGCACCAGUAGUUUCCGACACAAGACAUCACAUCGACACGGCAGCCGACGGCGUAGUCAUAGCAGUAACAGCAGUCACAGUUAUAGAUGAGAUUAAAAAAAAUGAUAGGACUCUCAUUGAGAAGGUUGUAAUAUCCAUUAUGUAA